AUGUCUGGGUUCUUCUCACUAGGCGGAAAAGAUCACCAAGACCAAGAGCAACAAGACACUACAAACAACUGGUUUCUGUUCAAGAAUGAAGAGAUCUACAACAAGGGUUUUGAGCUAUGGCAACAGUACUACCAUCAACAUCAACAAAAGCUACAACAACAUCAACAACUACAAGAUGUAGAUUUCUCAGUGGGUCCUAGUAGGAGAUUCAUCAGUGACAAUACGAAUAACAUCUGUGAUGAUUCAUCGUAUAGAUCAGGUUUUGGGGUGAUGAGACAAGGAGGAACAGGAGGAGGUAUGAAUUGCCAAGACUGUGGCAACCAAGCCAAGAAGGACUGUACACAUCUGAGGUGCAGGAGUUGUUGUAAGAGCCGAGGGUUUCAGUGCCAAACGCACGUCAAGAGUACUUGGGUUCCUGCUGCCAGAAGACGAGAGAGGCAACAACAACUCGCUGUUUUGCAGCAACAACAGUUGACUCUGCGAGGAGAGAAUCCCAAAAGGCAGAGAGAGAAUCCAGGUGCUUCUUCUCUUGCUUGCACUCGUUUACCCAACACCACGUCAGAGAGUAAAACUGACAAGGAAAGAACUGUGGAGUUGGUAAAAAAGCUUUCUUUUUUCCUNAAACAUAUGUAUUAG